AUGUCAAACAUCAAGGACGAUCCAGCGAUCCUAGCUCAUCAGAAUUUCUUGAAAAAGGACUACGAAGCUGCGUUACAGAAUUUGAACGAAUUGGAAAGUUAUGUCAGCCACAAAAGUAUCUUACUUAAAAGAGUACAGCAUAACAAAGCCGUAGUGGAAUUUAUUAAGAGUGACAUGAAAGAUAUAAAUACUUUUAAGAAAACUAUAUCCAAACUAACAGGGACGACUUUCCCUGAAGUAGACACAAUAGACACCAGCUUGCCUUGUUUAUUAUACAAUUACGCUGUUCUUCUGUAUCAUUCACGGUAUUUCUAUCAAUGUACUAUUGUUCUAGAGAAGUUAUUAACUUGUAAGAACAUAAAGGACAAUAAGCUUCAUCAUCAAAUUAUAUUAUUGUUAAUGGAGGCCACCUUGUGCAGACGCACUUUUGAUAAGACUUUAGAAGUUGCUAAGCAUCACGGAGAAGCUUUGAAAACUAAUAAUAAUGUGAAGGAUUUAUUUGAAAGACUAGAAGCUCGUGCACAAAUAUAUCUGGGACAAAAGACAAACCUUAAACCUGACUCCAUUGAAAAUGCUUUCAUAGUUGCACAACAGAAAUAUGUUAACGGGGAAGUCAAUAACUCAGCGGAAACCCUGGGAUUGUACAAGACUAUAGAGUUUAAUUACGACAUCAAAACUCAAGGAGAGGAGAUAUGGGCAGCUAUCAAUAAUAAUCUGGGUGUUAUUUAUUUGUCUAUCAAGAAACCAUAUUUAGCAUCGAAGUACUUCCAGCAUGCUGUUAAAGAACAUUUCAGAGCCAUGGUGAAUGAGGACAGUGAAAUGUUAAUAGCAUGUAAAGAUCGACCACUCUAUGUUUAUAACUUAGGUCUGGCAUUGCUAGCUGCAAAUAAUACUGAAGGGUCAUUUGAGUGUUUGGUUGAGGCAGCUCGGCAUUACCCCAACAACCCUCGUAUUUGGUUGAGACUAGCUGAAUGUUGUGUCAAGAAAUGUUGCAGUGACGAAAUUCAGCCCUUCACUGUUAAAAAGAUAGGAAGCGGACCACACACAAGGAUUUUGUUAUCAAAGGAAAAUAAGGCCAAGUAUUCAUCGUCUGGUGAAUCAUUUGCUAUACCGUCGCUAUCACUAGAGUUUGCAGCUUUGUGUCUACGAAAUGCAAUAACCCUGCUGCCCGACAAAGAUUCGCAGCCUGAAGCCAGCACAACAUUAAUACAAGCACCUCCAGGACCUCCUAUCAAUUGGAAACAGAGAUGUGACCUGAAAAACUCAAUUCUAGUCUUGCAAAGUUAUAUUUUUCUUCAUUUACAAGAUCCUCUGUCAGCUCUCAUGAGUGCCAAUGAACUUUUGAACCAAACCGAUGCCACCAACUGUCAGAAGGCUUGGGCUCAUAUAUAUGCAGCGGAGGCCUUGAUCAAUCUAGACAAAAUCACAGAGGCUGUAGAACACUUGCAUCCACCGAUGAUACACGAGCUUGUGUCGAACCUGCCUUACCAGAUGAGAGACAUGAUAGCGGUGUCAGUGUGGGCCAAGGCAGCAGUUUGUCACAUACUGAGGGGAGAUCUGAUUACAGCAAGAAAAAUAUUAUUACAAAUAAAUUCACCCAAAGUUCUACCGCUUCAAAUGUAUUUAGAAAUCUGCACGGGGAACAUUGAGAACUGCCAUACCAUUUUAAGGAAAAUUCGUAUUUCUAAUUUCUCAUGA